AUGGCCGGCGUAGACUCUCAAGCCUGGAAGACCCGUGUGGCCGAAAAACGCAGACAGCGUGACGAUCUGAUCCCCAAGGCAUGGAGGCUGCCCUCGAGCGCGGUGCAGGACCUCAAGCAGCCGCUGGAGACGUCGAGGAACAACCUCAUCGAGCUCGACAUUGUGCGCCGCUCGGGGCUCCUGACGGCGAGAGAGCUCCACAUCACGGAGGCGUACAGCGUGUCUCAGCUCCUGCAGGCGCUUCGCUCGGAGGAACUCACGUCGCUAGAGGUGACGGUGGCUUAUUGCAAGAGGGCUGCCAUCGCGCAACAGCUGACAUCCUGUCUCACCGAGAUCUUCUUUCAAGAAGCGCAGGAAAGGGCUCGUCAUCUAGACAAUACCCUCCGAGAGCGAGGACAGCCCGUGGGCCCGCUGCACGGCCUGCCUAUCAGCAUCAAGGACUCCUUCCAGGUCCGCGGUGUCGAGGCGACGCUGGGCUUUGUCGACUACCUCGACCAUGGGCCCUCGCAGGAGAACUCGUGCCUGGUUGACGUGCUCCUUGCGCAGGGGGCGGUGCUAUUUUGCAAAACGAACAUUCCUCAGACGCUCAUGACGGCAGACUCGGACAAUAAUGUCUUUGGGAGGACCUUGAAUCCGUGGAAUACCAGUUUGACCGCAGGAGGCUCGAGUGGUGGCGAGGGUGCCCUCGUAGCCUUCCGAGGCUCGCCACUUGGUGUUGGCACAGAUGUCGCUGGCUCCAUCCGCAUCCCCUCUUUAUGCUGUGGUCUAUACGGCCUCAAACCCACCGCCUCCCGCGUCCCCUACGGAAAACAAGCCCCCCUCGGCGACCCAGGCCUCCACACCGUCACCGCCUCCGCAGGCCCCCUCUCGCACGACCUGAACGCCCUGGAGAUCUUCAUGCAGGCCGUCCUCGACGCCAGGCCCGCCCUGCUCGACGCCACAGCCCUCGACAUCCCCUGGCGCCACGCCAGCACGAUUCCCCCGACAACAAAACAGCCCCUGCGCCUCGGCCUCCUCGCCGAGGACCCUCUGUUCCCCUUGCACCCCACCGUCCGAAACACCCUCGCAGAAGCAGCCGACCGUCUCCGCCGCGCAGGCCACGAGAUCGUCCCGCUCACGUCGCAGGAGGGCCUCGUCGCCCCGAGCUACGACGCCGCGUUCCAGAUGUUCGGCCUCGACAGGACCGCCAUGAACACCGUCGCCCGCGGCGGCGAGCCCUUUGUGGGGUCCAUCGUGGCGAGCAGGGGGGUUAUGCGCGAGGUCCAGUGGGAUCGGACGGUCGUGCCUGACACGAGGACGAUGAGGAAGAAGAAGGAGGAGGAGGAGGAGGAGGGUGGGAAUGGGGGCGGUGGGGGGACCGAGGACAGGCUGGGGCGGCUGGCGGUGCUGCAUGUGAAGCGGGCUGAGAUGCAGGAGGCCUGGCGGCGGGUCUGGGUUGGGAGGAGGUUGGAUGCUGUGGUUGGGCCGGGGGCGCAGAGCACGGCGGUCGAGCAUGAUCAGUAUGGGGCCGCGCCUUAUACGGGGCUUUGGAAUUUUCUGGAUUAUCCGGCUUGUGUGCUGCCUUUUGGAAGGGCCACCAAGGCUCAUCUUUCAGGGACAUUUGAGAAGAAGGCUGGGUCUACAGGCCCUGCAUAUAACCUGGACAACCUCCAAGGGGCACCGCUCUCUAUCCAGAUAUCGACCACACGCAUGCGGGACGAGGAGUGUCUUGCCAUUGCCAAGGUGAUUGAUGAAUGCUUGAACGGCAGAGGCCAGAAUGGUAGUGUCAAGGUGGCCAAAAUAUGA